UCUGGGUGCGUCCCUCUUUGUGCAGAACCGAACCUUACUUUUCAAAUUUUAGGGCUUAAGAGCAUUUUCCUGCAAAACUCUUAUUCCUCUCCUUGGGCGAAGCUUUUAGCGAGAGAACCAUGGCGAACGAAGACUUGAGUAGUUGGACUGAUCUUCUACAUUCUUCAACGAAGCUUCUAGAACAAGCUGCUCCUUCUGCUCAGUUCCCUCCACUUCAGAGGAACUUAGAUCAACUAGAAUCAUUAUCCAAGAAGCUUAAAUCCAAAACCGUAAGGACUGAGGCACCCUCUCAAUCUAUUGCUGCAACAAGGCUCCUUGCUCGUGAGGGGAUAAAUGCAGAGCAACUUGCAAGGGAUCUGAAGUCAUUUGAACUGAAGACAACUUUUGAGGAUGUUUUUCCUGUUGAGGCAACAAGUGUUGAAGAGUAUCUGCAGCAGGUUCAUGAAAUGGCAAUGGUCUCUGCCGUACAGGAAGCCCAAAAGGAUAAUCUCAGGAGUUUCAAUGAUUACAUGAUGAAAGUUUUAGAGGAGGAUUGGCAAAAAGAAAAGCGUGAUUUCCUUCAGAGUUUAAGUCGAAUUUCAACAUUACCUAGGACAAACAUUGCUGCUAACAGCACUGUGGGUACCCUCCCAGGUCAAAUUGCAUCUGUGUCUUCUACUCCACAAGUCUCAUCAGGUAGUUCUAGUAUGGAGAUUGUUCCUCUGACUGGCAGACCUAUUGUGGAGAAAAAGGCAUCUGUGUAUGCGGAGGUAGUGAAGAAUCUGAAUAAAGCAAGGAAGUCUGGGUUACCAUUUAAACCUGCAGCAGCUUUCAAGGGUGCAUAUGAGAAUUUGGGCAUUGAUGCUAGUAGUGGAAAAUCAGUAACCAUGCGAAAGAUAUGGCACCUUGUCCAGAUGCUGAUGGAUGAGGACUCAGCCCCACAACGUGUUUCAAAACGGAUGUCAUUGAUUAUUGGUGCAAGACGCCACCUUGAAUGGGGACAUGAAAAAUACAUAAUGGACACCAUACAAAGCCAUCCUGCACAAGCUGCUCUUGGUGGCGGUGUUGGGAAUUUGCAAAGAAUUCGUGCCUUUCUUCGGAUUCGGUUGAGGGAUUAUGGAGUACUGGAUUUUGAUGCCAGUGAUGCUCGGAGGCAGCCUCCUAUUGAUACCACAUGGCAGCAGAUAUAUUUUUGCCUGAGGUCUGGUUAUUACGAUGAAGCAAGAAAUAUUGCCCUAUCUUCACGUGCUUCACAUCAAUUUGUUCCUUUGCUCACAGAGUGGAUUAAUACUGGAGGGAUGGUCCCAAAAGAGACUGCAAGUACUGCAUCAGAGGAAUGUGAAAAAAUGUUGAGAACUGGUGACCGGGUUGGUCGAACUGCAUAUGACAAGAAAAAAUUACUUUUGUAUGCCAUCAUAUCAGGCUCCCGAAGACACAUUGAUCGCCUACUUAGAGAUCAGCCAACUCUCUUUAGUACAAUAGAAGAUUUCUUGUGGUUCAAAUUGUCAGCAGUGCGGGAUUGUCCUAGUGGACCUUCAUCCAUUGUUCUAAGCGAUGGUCUGAUUCCGUACAGCCUGGAUGAUUUGCAAAGUUACCUGAAUAAAUUUGAGCCCUCAUACUAUACAAAAAACGGAAAAGAUCCUCUGGUAUAUCCCUAUAUCUUGCUUUUAAGCAUUCAGUUGCUUCCAGCUGUAUUAUACUUGUCUAAGGAAGCAGGAGACGAAGGGUAUAACAUUGAUGCUGUACACCUAUCAAUUGUGCUAGCUGAUCAUGGGGUCCUUUCUGAAGGUGCUGGUUCUGGGCAAAAGUUUGGAAUGAUGGAUGCUUAUGCAGAAGUAUCCACCAUUAUCAGGCAAUAUGGGUCUAUGUAUUUGCGUCUUGGUGAUCUCCAAAUGGCCCUAGAAUUUUAUGCACAAGCUGCUGCAGCAGUUGGUGGGGGCCAGUUGUCAUGGACUGGUAGAGGUAAUGUUGAUCAGCAGAGGCAGAGAAAUCUGAUGCUGAAGCAGCUUCUCACUGAACUAUUAUUAAGGGAUGGAGGCAUAUAUCUUUUACUUGGUGCAAGAGGUUCAGGAGAAGAAGGUGAAUUGGGACGUUUUGUGACCGAUCCGAAGGCCAGGGAACAAUUUUUAAUUGAAGCUGCAUGCCAGUGUCAGGAGGCUGGGAUGUAUGACAAAUCUAUAGAAAUUCAGAAGAGAGUUGGUUCCUUCUCCAUGGCUCUAGAUACCAUCAACAAAUGCCUUUCUGAAGCUAUUAGUUCCCUUUUCCGUGGAAGAUUAGAUGGUGAAAGCCGGACUGCUGGCCUCAUUCAUUCCGGCAAUGAGAUUUUGGAGACAUAUACUUAUUAUCCAGAUGUCAGUCUUCAAGAGAGAGAACACGUUUUUGAGCAGCAAACUGUGUUACGACAACUUGAGUCAAUAUUGUCAAUUCACAAAUUAGCAAGACUGGGGCAUUAUGUCGAUGCAUUAAGGGAGGUUGCUAAACUUCCAUUUCUUCCUCUAGAUCCUCGAAGCCCUGAUAGUGCUGUUGACGCGUUUGAAAAUUUAUCUUCACAUGUCCAAGCUUGUAUUCCAGAUCUUUUGAAAGUUGCCCUCACAUGUCUGGACAAUGUGACAGACUCUGAUGGAUCACUUCGUGCCUUAAGGGCUAAGAUUGCGACUUUUAUUGCAAAUAAUUUAAAGAGGAAUUGGCCUCGUGAUUUGUAUGAGAGAGUUGCACAGAGGUUGUGAAAGUAGCUUAUGCAAUGGUAAUUGUAGUUACCUUUGAGUUCUUGAAAUGCAACAGAAUAUGUUUGUUUAAAGGUUUUCAGUAGUACAACACAUGUAAAAUAGUCUUAAUGACCUGCCUACUGGACCUCCUGGCGAUGCAGUCGGAGGAACUAGAAAAGGAAACACACUGUUUAUGAAUGUUCACACACCCUUUACUUUUUUGUUUUAGCUAAUGGUAUUAAAAAGGACAUCAAUAGCAAAUACAUGCUGUUCU